UUUUUUAACUUUAAAUUCGUACAUUUUUAAUUUGGCAGACAUCACAUCUGUUUGAAACAGCUUCUCGUGACCGUGCUGCGAUCAAGAAUAUUUGCAAUUUUUGAAUUGUUCAGAUACUGGAUUAAUGAGAAUAGUUCUAGGGAACAGGGUUUCCUUGCAGACAAAAUCCCGUGACUGUGGACGACAUAGAGUUAAGAACUCUUUGGUGGACGAAAAUAACAGAUAACCUAAGUAAUAGUUUUGCAUGCCACCUUAUGAAAUGUGGAGGAGCAGCAGCGUGGGUGGGAAAUCCUGGGAAAAUUACAGUAAUUAACGCAUAGCUAAAUCUUGUGACUCCCUCUGUUGGUAAAACGAUGCCAUGUUUCGAUCAUGUUUUUUUGAGUGACAUAAGGAUAGGUACCGAUUUGUGAUGAAGUGAAAUAAAGAACGAUUGUGAUCUGAUUGAAGAAAGAUACAGUCAUCUAUGAUUGAUUGCUUUGAGUUUACUCUGCGAACGGCGAGAGAGAUUUCACAUAGUGGCCCACCGAGAUCGGAUUAGUAAGAUUGAGAGAUUGAAGCUAGGCUAAGAAAAUGGCAGAAUUGAAGAAGAAAUUGAAGAACGGACAGGACAUCGAGCGUUUAUCACGCAUACCUUGAAGCAAACGAGAGAGUGCAUUGACAAAAAUGAAUAUGAGGAGAAUCGUGAGUUAGCGAUUCAAUUGAAAAAUAGCUUAACAGCCCAGCUGGAAGCUGUUGAGGCUCUUGAUCCCGAAAUUUUAGAUUUGCUGACGGAAGAAGUAUUUGACAAGGAUGAAGGGGACGCAAUGUUGUUCACGGAAAUUUAAGGAAGCUGGCAUUAUCAAAGCAGAUAUACAAACAGCGUUGCAUACCCUUGAACAAGUUUUGGGGACGUUUGAGAAAGCGAGUAGCAGUACUGUCAGUGUAAACAAAGUGGAGAGCGGAAGUUCAGUAGGCCUAAAGAAGGUUCACGCCAACUUGCCUAAAAUUGAGAUGCCUAAGUUUUCAGGGAAGCCAGAGCAGUGGCAAGAGUUCUGGGACACAUUUGAAAGUUCGGUCCAUAACAACCAAGCUGUGGCAGAAAUUGAUAAGUUUGCUUAUUUACGACGUUACGUCACUGAUUCGGCCAAGGCAUGCAUAGCAGGGUUUUGCGCAACAGCAGCCAACUACAAAUUGACUGUUGAGGCACUACAAAAGAGGUUUGAAAAGAAAUCCCUUAUUCAGCAAGCACAUAUAAACGCGCUGUUGAACAUUGCGCCUGUUUUCAAUGAUUGGGACGCUGCGAGGCUUAGGAAAUUAUAUGAUACGGUAGAGUGUAACCACAGAGGUUUGCAAGCUCUGGAAAUCAGUUCGGUCACCUACCAGAGUAUUGUUGUGCCUUCAAUAGUGAAAAAGCUACCGGAGGGAAUCAGGCUGGAAUUAAAACGAGGAAAGGACGUAAACGGUUGGUCAGUGGAUGAAUUUGAACUGAGAGAAGAGCACAGCCGAAGUGUAGCGAGAAAUGAGAAGAGGACACCGAGAGAAGAUGCUAGGCCAACUACAGCAAGUGCUCUGACUGCAACAACUUAUUUAUUUUGUGCCUUUUGUAAGGGGAAUCAUGCCCAUCAACAUUGUAGCGCAAUUACUGACGUGAGUCAUCGAAAGCAACUGAUUCGUUUAUAAAGAUGGUUGUAGAGACAUUAAUCAUCGCUGGCUUGGUACUUUUUGCUCUCAUCUAUGCGAAAAUCUUCAUUCGCCCAAAAUCUUUCCCGCCUGGCCCGAUCCCGCUCCCCGUUAUUGGAAAUAUCCACCUUAUUGGCAGUGAACCCCAGAAAUCAUUGAAGGCCCUUGCAAAGAAGUAUGGCGAUGUGUUCAGCGUGUAUUUUGGAGGUUGGCCUGUUGUCGUCAUAAGCAGCAUUGAAUCAGCAAAAGAGAGUUUGAUUCAGAAAUCAACUGAUUUUGCAGGAAGGCCUGUUUCCUACACGGGGAUAGAAGCAGCAAAAGGACAUAAGACAGGGCGAGGCAUUGACAUCGUGUACUCUGAUUAUGGACCAUAUUGGCAAACCAUAAGAAAACUGGCGCACAAAGCACUAAAAAUGUAUGGGGCCAACAGAGUGCAACUUGAGAAAACAAUCAACACACACGCAGAUGAGCUGAUGGAAAGGCUUGCAAAGAUCGAUGGCCAAUGCUUCGAUCCAAAGAGAAAUCUUUGUCUUGCUGCUACCAAUGUCAUCUGCCAAAUUGUAUUCGGAUCGAAAUACAACAUAGAUGACGAAGAAUUCACAACAAUUAUGUAUUACAAUAAACUGAUGUUUGAAGGCAUCGCAGGAGCAAAUGGAGUCGAUUUUCUGACGUGGAUGAGGCACUUUCCGAAUCAUAACAUCAGUUUGUUACGAGAAUCUGGAAGUUUGCGAGACCCAAUAUUGGGCAAGUGGUUAAAGAAACACCGCGAGACAUUUGAAAAGGGAAACAUCCGCGAUUUCACUGACGCAUUGAUUGAUGCCGCAGAUGAGGAAAUAAAACAAAACAAAUCUAGUGACAGAUAUUUGAAGGAGGAUAAUAUGAUGAUGAUUAUGGCUGAUGUUUUCAAUGCGGGCAUUGAAACAACAACCACAACUAUGAAUUGGUUUGUUGCCUUCUCCGUACUGUGGCCAGAGACACAGAAGAAAAUUCACGAGGAGCUCGAUCGAGUGAUUGGGCGCACGAGGAAACCUUGCAUGGAUGACCGCCCUGCACUUAACUACCUCGAAGCGGCCAUUAAUGAAACCGCACGGAUGGCAUCCGUUGCGCCGCUUGCCGUUCCACACUCUACCACCUGCGACACAUCCAUUGCUGGCUACAAAAUCCCCAAGGGUACACACGUUUUCUUGAAUUUGUACGCCAUGCACCACGAUGAGCGUCACUGGGUUGAUCCAGAAGAUUUCCGACCCGAGCGAUGGCUGAAUGAAGAGGGCAAUUACAUUGCAGGCGCGCACGACUCUUUCCUUCCAUUUUCAGCCGGAAAAAGAGUAUGUUUUGGAGAGGCACUUGCUAAAAUGGAGCUUUUUCUAAUUCUUGCUCAAGUUUACCAAAGGUUUGAAUUUCUGCCAGGCAACAAGGAGGAUCUUCCAAAACUUGAUGGCUUUGUUUAUAUCACUCAUGAACCAAAACCGUACAAGAUCCAGGUCCGCAAACGGUUUUAACUCCACAGAUUACUUCUAAACUGGCUACAUUCUCAUAAUUGCAGCUUUUACUUGAUUGCUUUUGAUCAAAACAUCAAUAUCAGCUUUUCGUAAAGAUAUCUUGUUUAUAAAAAUUAAAAGUCUUCUCGGAUGUUUUAUGUAUAAAGUCAACUCUA